GUGACUGUAGGCAAAAAUCAGCGUCAUCAGUCGUAGCAACACGUGCAGGACACCAACGAACUCUAGCGGAGCAUAGCCCAUAUGGGUCAUUCGCAUGGGCCACAAGUGAAAUGAAGGCAUGCUGGUAUGAGUUCCACGUAUGCGCGCAUCCGUAGCGAAUCUGGUUGAACAAAGUUCAGAUUACUUACAAAAAGGUGCUCAAAAAACAACCGUAUGUCAGAAUCAUGGGCGUGUAUGACGAGUCGACUGCGUGUGCGUGUGUGUAUAUCGAAUUUUAUGGGUUCACAUUCCAAUGUAGGGCGGUCCUUAGAUGGAACGGUUGCGAGCUUCCCAGGCGCUCUCCGAUGAGUCAAUAUCGCGAUAUAGUCGUCAGCUUCUACUACCACAAAUAGGUCCAAAAGGCAUGCGUCGCCUAGCUGACACCCGAGUGCUGCUUGUUGGCGCGGGAGGUUUAGGUUGCCCCGCAGCGAUGUAUCUGGCCUCAUCGGGUAUUGGAUGCAUCGGCAUCGUUGAAUAUGAUACCGUGGAUUUAUCGAACCUUCAUCGACAGAUUGGACACAAAGAAACUUCGGUAGGAAAAAGUAAGACGAACUCUCUGAUUGAGUCACUAAAAUCUCUCAACUCGAGUGUCAAGUACCUCGCAUUCGAAACUGCCCUUAACAGAUGCAAUGCUAUGGAUAUCGCUAAAAAUUUCGACAUUAUCGUCGAUGCAACUGACAAUGUUUCCACACGAUAUCUACUCAACGACCUCUGCGUCCUUCAGAACAAGCCUUUAGUAUCAGGGUCGGCUUUGCGAUGGGAUGGCCAGCUAACUGUGUACCACUAUAACGGGGGCCCAUGCUACCGUUGUGUGUUUCCACGGCCACCCCCACCAGAAACAGUUACUAACUGUGCCGACGGAGGCGUGCUAGGUCCCAUUACUGGAAUUAUUGGCUCAGCGCAAGCAUUGGAAGUGAUCAAGAUAAUUCUCAACGAGCGUGAAGGAGUAGCCUCCGGAAAGCUUCUUCUGUUGGAUGGUUUGGCUGGGUCUUUUCGCAAUAUUCGGCUUCGGUCGAGGGACCUAAACUGCGCAGUAUGUGGUGAUCACCCUACGAUCAAAGAACUUGUCAACUACGAAACUUUCUGUGGUGUGACAGCCUCUGAUAAAACUUCCUCACUUAAAUUGUUACCAAACGACGAUCGCUAUACGCCCGAAGAAUUUCGAAACAGACUACUAAGUGACGCAGCCACUAGGGUUGUGGACAUAAGGCCCAAAACCGAAUUUGACCUCUGCCAUAUACCGGACUCAAUAAACGUGCCCUUCGAUAACUUUGAUAAAGACAAAAUUAACAGUGAAUUUAGCGAUGGCACUGUAAUUAUUUGCCGACGAGGAAACGAUUCACAGCGCUGCGUUCAAGUACUUAGACGACAAGGAAUCUCUACGAAAGACGUUAAAGGUGGCCUGGCGGCAUGGGCUAUGUUAGAAGGAGUUUCAUUUCCAACAUAUUGAAACGAAUUAUUAAAUACGUUUUUUUAAUACAAAAGACGUGCACCAUAUUUGUGCGUAAAUGCAAGGGGCGAGAUCUUUAUGGAACUCUGAAAAAUAAUGAAAACGAAUAGGGCGUAAAGGCUAAGAGUAUGCUUUCAUUCUCGUGACUCGACGGGAGGCAUACAUACAAUUGUUUUUCAAACAGUAUUUUGUGGCGUCUGUGCGUUUUAUAGUUGAGGUACCACCACAAAAGUUCAAUAUGUUCAAAUAAAACCUUUGUUCAUGUUUACUGAAUAAGCCGUCCUAAUUGGGACUUUCCGUUAUGAAUGGUUUCUAAGGCUACGAAGAGUUCUACGUUUGACAAAAUCCAGGUAUUUAAAAAAGACACAUCCUAAAGGUAUCAUUUUUUCCGGUUGCGUUUAUUUGAUGAAUUUCCUUUUACUUCGAUUACAGAUUAAAUUUCGUCUUGAGCCAUUCAAAAUCUGAUUUCAAAUGUUCGCAUUUCAUUUUUGCAUGCGCCUUCUUGAUACUACAAGUGAGCGAGUCGUGUUGUCAGGUGGAGACUCGUUAAGUUCUCGCUCCGUGGUAACCUAACGGGUUCAAAACUGAACUGUGUGACGCCCAUAAGUGCUCCUUCCGAAACAGGCUCGUUUUCUCAAGCAACCGGUCUUACGUUAAUCACCUGAUAUAAACUGGUGCACCAUUUUGCC